UUGUAGAGAGAGAUGAAAUCCACAAUAUGAUUGCGGUAGCAAAUCCCAAUGUGGGCUCAAUCCCAACAAUUCCAACUCGCACUCGUUUAAAGAGAGAGACCCAUCCUCGCUCUUUCGUUUUCAUCUCAAAUUGGAAUCAAGUCUUUGAUUUGAACAAAUCGGAGGCGACUUCAGUAAUCACCCUUGAAGCCAAACGACGGUGUGAGUGUUUUGAUUUGCACAAGGAGCUAGUUCCGUAUGUUGAGGCAUGGUCUUGGCAAAAAUCCAUUGUUGAAGAGAGGAAAACAUUGGCUCAACGGAAUGAAGAUCAUUCGGACACGCUGAUUAUUCUUCAACACCACCCUGUCUAUACCUUGGGGUCCGGUAGUACUGAAGACCACCUGAAUUUUGAGUUAAAGGAUGCUCCUUUUGAUGUUUAUCGAACCGAACGCGGUGGUGAAGUUACAUAUCAUGGGCCUGGUCAGCUAGUUAUGUACCCUAUUAUCAAUCUCCGUUGUUUCAAGAUGGAUCUUCAUUGGUACCUUAGGACGCUAGAGGAGGUGGUCAUUCGUGUUCUUUCAUCAACAUUUUCGAUCAAGGCUUCCCGGCUAGAGGGUUUAACUGGUGUUUGGGUUGGAGAUGAGAAACUCGCAGCUAUUGGGAUACGAGUAUCACAGUGGAUAGCAUAUCAUGGCUUAGCACUGAAUGUUACCACAGAUCUAACACCCUUUCAAUGGAUAGUCCCAUGUGGGAUACAGGAUCGUCGAGUUGGAAGCAUAAAAGGGUUGUUGGGAGAAUCUUUAUCAUCUGAUGGACAUGGACCAACGAAUAUUUGUCAUGACGAUGAUAACCUGCUGAUUGAUAUCACCCACAAAUCUUUGGUCAAGGAGUUCUGUGAAGUUUUCCAAGUUGAACUCUGCCAGAAACCUAUACCUAUGUUGGAGUUAUUAUAGAUGGAAUGAUCAUUGUCGCUUAUUGGAAGUUGAUGCAACAUAUGGCAUGCAUGUAUAAUUUCUUAUUGACGAUGAAGAUAUUUAUCGCUACUGUUUCUCAAUGCUCUAAUCCUGUAAUUUUAUUUCUCUUUAACUUAAAAGAGCUUAGACUAAGGGCGUAAAGACCUAACAUUCAAUCAAAAGGGUAAGAACUGAUGGGUCAUAUUUUGCACCAAUGGGG